AUGGCUAUUUCAGAACCUUUCAUAAACAAGAAUAAGAUUGAUGGAUACAAGAGAUUUUUGAGAUUUCACCAUAGUAUUGCCAAUUCCAGUGGGCAGAUUUGGUGUUUUUGGAAUCACGUUGACCAUUAUGAGAUCUUGGAAAACAAUGAUCAACAGAUCACCAUCAAACUCAAGGACUCUCCUAAUGACUCAGGUACUUAUAUUACUGCUAUUUAUGCAAAAUGUUUAGCCUUGGAGAGAAUUGAAUUAUGGGAUAGUAUCACUGACGUAAGUAGCAAAUUAGAUGGACCUUGGUGUAUGGGGGGAGAUUUUAAUGUUGUCAUGGAUACUGAUGAGAAGUCGGGGGGCAAACCUCAUAGAACCUAUAAGAGUAUGGAUUUCAUUACUACUAUGGACUCUCGUGGUCUAGUUGAUGUUGGUUACACUGGUCCUAAAUUGACUUGGUGUAACAAUAGAAGACUUACUAAAAGGAUUUGGAAGAGACUGGAUAGGGUCCUGGUUAAUGAUGAUUGGACCCAAAAGUUUCCAAAUAACUUGGUGAAACAUCUUGCAAGAACAGGGUCUGAUCAUAGACCUCUCUUGUUCAAGUUCAAUGAUGAUCAAUAG